CUUUCAUGAACUACUGCGAGCACAACUUUUUCAUCGACCAAGUCAUAUUUUUUCCAAGGGUGCAGAAUAUUUGAAUAUUUAUCUCACUUCUACUUCUCAAAAAGCGCACUAUCUAACUGUGGCAUGCUUCACCUCUCUACUGGCGCCAAAAUUCUGUGGGGCAGCCAGUAUGAAAUCGUCCGACUUGUACCCAGUCCUUCUUGUCGUUACCUCAACCAUGCGCCCCUCGGAGAAGAAUAUCAGAAAAAUCGUCGUCUUCUCAGCACUCCACACGACUCGCUUUGCACCUUUACCUCAAGCCUCCCCAAAUUCGCAAGGCCACCGUAAUGUAUAAAAGGCUGAUGAAUACUGCUCGCUCAUCCACGAAGCUCCCCUUCAGCGUCCACGGCAAUGUUCGUUCGCUUCUUCGCCCUCGCUUUAUUGUUUCCCCUCGUCUUCGCUUCAAACUCCAAACGCGGUCUAGCUUUCGAUCCAGCUAGUCACCCCGAGGAUAUAUACAAGGCUAGCGGCAGGAGUUGUUCUUGGGUGUACAACUGGUCCCCUUCCUCCCCUAGUCCUUCGAUCUCUGGAGUCGAAUUCGUUCCCAUGCAAUGGGGUACGGAUGGACUUAACGGCUUCCUCUCCGGGGCUCGAUCUGCUAGCGCUACGAACGUCCUGGGCUUUAAUGAACCGGACUACGGCCAGCAGUCGAAUAUACCUGUGGGGACAGCUGUGCAGAUGUGGAAAGCCGAUAUCAACCCGUUAGCUAGCUCUGGCAUACGGCUAGGCUCACCCGCGGUGACAUCGGCGGAUUCUGGACUUCAAUGGCUAUCCGAUUUUUUGGCCCAAUGUUCGGGGUGUACAGUAGAUUUUUUAGCAGUUCAUUGGUACGGAGAGGGGGCUGCAAAUUUUAUUCUCUAUCUUCAGAAAGUCUGGGUUACGGAAUUCACUGAUACGCGGACUGAUUCUGGAGGCAUGUCGCCUACUGUCCGAGUUUGGUGUUCCCUACUCGAGUUCAUGAAGCAAGUUGUAGCCUUCAUGGAUGCGACUGAUUGGGUUGAGCGAUAUGCCUGGUUUGCUUACAAGCGAACCACGAGUCCAUUAGCGUCGAACAUGUUGGACGGUAAUGGAAACCUCACGCCCCUGGGCCAAUGGUAUAUUCAUGGCUAA